AUGGUGCUGGUGCUGGUGGUGCUCAUUCCGGUGCUGGUGAGCUCCGCCGGUACCGACGGCCGGUACGAGAUGCUGGGGACCUGCCGGAUGGUCUGCGAGCCCUACGGCCCCGCUGCCGCCCCCCCGCAGCCGCCGGCCGAACGCGGCCCCCUCCCACCGCCCUCCACUCUGGUGCAAGGUCCCCAAGGCAAACCGGGGCGACCGGGGAAACCGGGACCACCGGGACCACCUGGUGAACCGGGACCUCCAGGUCCGGCGGGAGCACGGGGUGAAGCGGGACGACCGGGACCUCCAGGACUACCGGGACCGGGGGCUACGGGCGCCGUGAGCGCAGCCACCUACAGCACGGUGCCACGCGUCGCCUUCUACGCCGGCCUCAAGAACCCCCACGAGGGCUACGAGGUCCUCAAGUUCGACGACGUGGUCACCAACCUGGGCAACAGCUACGAUGCUGCCUCCGGCAAGUUCACCUGCGCAAUCCCUGGCACCUACUUCUUCACCUACCAUGUCCUCAUGCGCGGCGGCGACGGCACCAGCAUGUGGGCCGACCUCUGCAAGAACGGGCAGGUCCGGGCCAGUGCCAUCGCGCAGGAUGCUGACCAGAACUACGACUACGCCAGCAACAGCGUCAUCCUUCACCUGGACGCAGGCGACGAGGUCUUCAUCAAGCUGGAUGGGGGCAAAGCCCACGGUGGCAACAACAACAAGUACAGCACCUUCUCUGGCUUCAUCAUCUACUCGGACUGA